AGUGGGUCUGCAAUACAGGGCAUGAUUUCCCCAAGAUCAUUGUGUGUGUGUGUGUGUGUGUGUGUGUGUUUUAUCUGCAAGGCACAAAGUAGCUAUUUCAGCCAAUGUAGUUCAUUAAUUAUUACUCUUUUGAGUAAAUUAUUAGCCCCAAAUUAAACUUCAUUUGUAAACAUACAAAUACACAUGUCCACUGAACGAGGCCUUGUGUCUACUAAAAGCUCUAUUAGAGGAGCUCAGCUCUAUUAGAAAAGCUCAGAGUCUCAAGCAGCUGGAUUCCCCUGGGCUCUGCUUCUCCCAUGGCUCCUGCAGGUUCUCCAGUCUCCUUUCCUCUGUGUGUGUAUCUGCUGCUGGCCUCUGGCUUUUCCCAGGCAGGCAGGCUGCUGGUGGUCCCCAUGGAUGGGAGUCACUGGUUCACCAUGCAGAUGGUUGUGGAGAAACUCAUUCACAAAGGACAUGAAGUGGUGGUAGUGGUGCCAGAGGUGAGUUGGCAGCUGGGAAAAUCCCUGAAUUUGACAGUGAAGACAUACUCAACUUCUCACACUCUGGAGGAUCUGAACCAUAUACUCAAGGCUGCUUCUGCUGCUCAAUGGAUAAAUCCAGAACAUAGUACGCUUUCUUUAAUCAGAGGUUUUGGGAAAGUUUUUUUUGAUUUCAUAGCUUCACACUGUAGGAGUCUGUUUAAUGAUAAGAAGUUAGUGGAGUACUUGAAGCAGAGUUCUUUUGAUGCUGUGUUUCUGGAUCCCUUCGAACUGUGUGGCUUGACUGUGGCCAAGUAUUUGUCACUCCCUUCAGUGUUUUUUUCAAGAUAUUUCCUUUGCCACUAUGUUGAAGAGGGGGCCCAGUGUCCCGGGCCACUCUCUUAUGUCCCUAGACUUUUCUCAAAAUUCACAGACACCAUGACUUUCAUGGAGAGGGUGUCCAACCUUGUUUAUUAUAUGGAAGAACGUGUAUUUUGCCACUACAUCUUCAAAACUGCUGUAGAAAUUGCCUCUGAAGUUCUCCAGACCCCAGUGACUAUGGAUGACCUCUUCUAUCAAGUGUCCAUUUGGUUGUUUCGCACAGACUUUGUAUUAGAUUUCCCCAAACCUGUGAUGCCAAACAUGGUGUUCAUUGGUGGGAUCAACUGCCAACAAAGAAAGCCACUCUCCAAGGGUCCUGGCUUGCUGGGGGCGCGGCUGCCAGAGAGUGCCAGAGAUUUUGGCAAGUUUCCUGCCAAUGGCUGCAAAAACCUGCGUGUAGAAUCUCUGUACCACGCAGGGAUUCGGAGCGCAGCAAAAUGUUCCCGGGCAGAGGUGCGCGCCUGGUGGGUUUUGGCUUUUCCUGGCCAGGGCUCCUUAAGAAGUCCAGUGGGGCUUGCCAUGAAGGCGAACGGGUCGUGGGCUUUCAUCACCUCACUCCUGGUACCAGUUAAAGUGGUGAAUAACUGA